CGCUUUCUUCAUCUGCCACAUCCGAGAACUGGGAUCCCGUCACUCUUCUUGCCUACCGAAUCGCCUGAUAAUGAGAAUUUAGAAGGGUCACAAUCUCGGAUACUCGAGGUCCAAUGUGUCUCUCCUGACGUACAACGGUCAUGGUUCAUUGACAACCACGUUGAGUCUAAUGGGGAACUUCUAUUAUUCACACCGAUAGAUCCAGCAUUCUUGCUAAUCCCAUUCCUACGGGCUGCAUUCCCCAUUGUAUAUGCUGGUUUGGAACACCGAUUCCGAACACUGGACGAUAUACUCGAAGAAGCGGCAAAUCGAUUAUACCCUCCUGACUCUCUCGUCCAAUCCUCCCCCAGUCAAUCCAAUGAGAACUCCAAACAAAACACACAAUCAAUAGCUGCAGAUAUCACUUCCCUUUCCUCCCUCCCAUGCAUCCGAACAGCCUUCAAUCGUGCCUGCGAAACAAAACAAAUUGCAGAAGACGUUGUGAUGUACAAGUAUUCCGAACGUAAAUUAUUAGAUUUGCUCCAAGCAAAAGUAGGAAAACUGGUAGACCCAAGAACAUUUGGUGCCUUCCCAUCGUUCUCUAGGCCGCUUGCUCGCCUAGGGUUAUACAAGGAACAGGAGAAUGGUCGUGCUAAUGGACAGCAAUUAGAAUCUGUUGCGGCAUUGGCAAGGUUAAAAGUCGCCUGUGAUGCAGUCUCCCAAUACCUGUCUCCCGACCUCAGCCAAAUAUUAAGGGACAGCUAUGACCUGCAGGAGCUCGAUAAAUAUGUGGCCAAGCUUGCAGCUGAAGAAUCGCCUUCAUUAGAGCAAACAAUCAACAACAAAAAGAAGGCUUCAGCUCCGAACACUAAAGCCAAUCCCAAGGAGGUCAAAAAAGCCAAAGGAUCCAGAGGCGUCGAAGCACUCAAGAAGGUGGAUACAAGUGGCAUGAAUAAACUAUCAAAGUUCUUCAAGAAGGAA